CGACUUUGUCAUGCAAAUGGAAAUGUCGGAAAGGCGGUGGACCUACUCGUAUGAGUCCUCGGCUGUUUUAAUUGCAUUCAAACAAAUUGGUCACUUAGGGAAAUUGCUAUUUGAAAAUGCGAAAAUUAGUUUGUUUUUCACUUUUUCGAAAUAAUUGCACGUGAAGAAAAUUCAUUCAAUCGAAUUAAUAUUUCAUCAAGUUGUUGAUUAUUGUCGAAGGCUUUCAAAUAUUCCACUGGCAAAAAUUCCACCAAGAAUUAAAGGCAAAAACAGUUCCUCUCUGACUUGUCGGGCUAAAACCUCCACACGUAUUCGAUUGAGAGCGUUGGAGCCCGGGGAAUCCGACAAAAGCCGGCUACAAAACAAAUUGUGGCCCCCACGGCAUAGCCCCAGUGUGAAUCAAAGAGGAGGAGCAGGAAGAUGCCAGGCUAAAAAAAAUUGAAACCCUGCAAAUGUUUACAUAAUAUGGACCACAGCUCCAUCUGCAGACGAGACUCUAGACCCUCCAGAUCCCAGAUCCCAGACGGUAGACGCUCAACGCUGCGUUCCCCAUCCCCAUCCUGGCUGGGAGCAGCACUUGGCAAAGGCAAAGGCAAUGGCGAUUGCGUUGGCGGUGCACUGGUGUUAUUAACAUUUCUGUUGACAUCCUUUGGGUUGCGUUUUCUGUACUUUAGAAGGGGUAUGCUAUAAGGUAUACUAGACACAAUAGUACUCUACAUAAGAGUUUUAAAGGUGUUCUCUUUUGAACAAUAUUUAAUCUUUUUACAGUCUUUGAGUUCUAUUUACGUAUUAUACUUUUAUUUUAGUUAUCGGGGCACUAUCCAUCCUCCAUAUAUGAUUAUAGCUAAUGAUAUUUUAUUCUCUUGCAGUUUCCAAUCUCAGAAAACAGGGUACAAUCACCGUCAGUACCUUCAUAGAUAUACCAUUUCCUUUUGCUUUCUUUUCCCUUUUUACUCGUUUUCAUUUCUCUUCUAGGUUUCUUUUUUUCUGUACCCUUUUUCAUUUGUAUGUACUUAGCCGCUUUCUCGACUCUCAAUCCUGCCACACGUGAAACAUUUUCAUUUUACUUUAGUGCAUACGAAUGUAUUUUUUGAAAGCGCCUCAAAGACCCAAAAAAAUGUAAAAAAAAAAAAAACAAGCUGGCAGAAAUUAUGAAUGUAUUGUAUGUGUGUACACACGAGUAUACGAGUAUGAAUACGUAUUGUUGACAUAUUGAGAGAUUGUGGCAAUUUGGACCAGACGACACCAUUUAAAAAGCCAUUAGGGCCUGCCUCCGCCAUCGCAGCGGAUAAUUGCCGGGCACAAUGGAGUCGCACAGUCCCCCCCAUUUUAAUCGUAGUUCUGUCCGUGCAGCCAGCCAGUUAUCAAGUGGAACAGAUGGUGCUUCUUCGUCUAUAUCUUCUCGCUGUCGGGGGAUAUUUCAGCUGCUGCCUUGCCGCCUAUGUGCUGCAGGUCGAUCUGUUCAGCUUCGCUGUCGAUGAUCCCGCGAUAAUCGUCUCUCAAAGUGCCUACGUCGAGCAGGAGCAGAACCGCAGCUAUCUAUCGGGACACUUGAUUUUCAACAAAACAGUGAACGAAAUCACGAUGCGGACAUCAAUGAACAUCAGUCGUCCUCGACUGCCGGAGGUGCGGCUAUUCGAUGUCAAAUUGAAUGUCUGUCAUAUGAUCAGUAAUGGGUACAAGAAUCGAUUUGUCAGAGUAUUCUACAACAGUUAUGCCUCAUUCGUCAAUACGAGACCCGAAUGUCCCAUUAAGGCGAACUUCAACUACACCCUGACCCGCGCCUAUUUGAACGAAAAAGUUCUGCCCGAACUCCUGCCGCAAUGCAUCUUUCGCAUGCAGCUCAUUUUUCAGCACCAGUCAAAGCCUCUGGCUCACAUGCAACUGAAUGGACGAUUGAGUAGGGCCUGACGUCACUUUAUACAAUGACCAGGCUAGACCUGGUAGCCCCAACAGUUUGCUGGCAUGGCUGUUUGCUGAUUGCUGUCAACUCAAUAAACUGGAAAAAACCAAGUGAGAUGAUCGCUUAAA